CAUUUGUAUACGACGCGUCUCAGACUGUAUUAAUUAUAAUGAAUUGCUUUCUUAUUCUGUCCAUGGCUGUGAUUGCUUCACUGAAAGCAGGUUUGUAGGAAUAUAUAUUAUGAUACUAGUGAUCACUUGCUUAUAACCAUGAGACGCAAAGACACAAUUUAUUUUAUUUUUAUUUUUUUUUUUUGCGCCAUGGGUGUCUAAAUAUAAACAACUAUUUGUGAUUACAUGUGUCAUUUAUUUAUGCUUGAAAUCAAAAUUUGUAUACAUAAAAAAAUGAUUAUUUUUUUUUUUAAAUUUAGUUGUGUAGUAUUAAACAAUAUUAAAUUUAGUUCCUGUCAAACCAGAACAACGGUCUAAAAUACCAGUACUUUCCUGUACACAUAGAAAUAAUGGUCACCUUAAAUUACAUGCUAUUGCCUUCGUUUGAUGUUUAUUUUUUAAUUAUCGGACAAAUUUUUUAAGUCUUAAAUAUAAAAUUACGUUAUGAAAGUAUCGAAGAUAUAUAUUAUUAUGUAACAGAUAAAGUUUUAAAAAAAAUUACCUGAAUGUGUUAUAGAUAUGCAUGUGUUCUCUAUAUCACAUUAUUACAAUUGUAAUUAUUCUUAUCUAAAAUGUGGGGUUUUUAAAAUUCGGUUUGCUAGGAAAACAUACUGACUGGCAAUUAACGACAAAAUCUAUAGAAAACGACACGAUACAUUUCUAAAAUAAUAAUCUCACUAUUCUCAGAUUUGCUGAUGGAAAUCAAACCCCCAGACAUAAUUAUUGGGCUUACAAGACAACUUUCCAUCAACUGUUCUUUCAUUCGAACUGAUAUUACAAACAUGGUGAAACUCAUUUCCCUGGUCGUCAUGCGGUCAAAUGAGACCGACACUCUGAAUUUCUACUACCAGGCUUCCGUGGAUGUCUUCGAUGGUCUCAACAACGUCACUGGAGUUGUCUCGGGACUUAUAGAUAACAGACAUGAAUCUUACAUAACAUUGACGUGGAGCAAUCCAAGAUCCACCUUGACUGGGUGGUACAGCUGCCAAGCUAAUGGGGAAAAUCUCAGUGGACAGGUGGUGACGCUAUCAAAAACAGCCAAAGUUAAAAUAACAAAUCCAACGAUAGAAGACCUGCUAGACGUUCUUGAGCGACAAUCGUUUGCACUUGAACUUCAAUCCUCUAAAUUUGAACUUCAAGCGUCACAGCUUUCAAAACUUCAAUACGAUUUUGAGCACAUGGGCUCGUCGGUCCAUGAAAAGUGUGUAUGUUGUGACACGCUGAACUCGUCUCUUAAAUCUUUGUAUCACAUAUCCGCCUUACACAACGGCAGCCGCUAUUACCUGUCCCCCGCGUCGACGAUACUUUUAAUGAAAGAAGCCGAGAUACAGUGUGAGUUCAUGGGUGGGUACCUUACGGAGAUGGACAGCGAAGAGGAGUACCUGUUCGUCAAGAGCUUCCUGAAGAACAACACCGGGUACAUUACAGUUUAUACGGGCGGCAACGAUGGGGCCUUCGAGAAUAACUGGGUCAACACCUACAGCAAGACACCGGUCAAGUACAUCAAGUGGGGUCAAGGGCAACCCAGCGGCGGAACGGCCAACAACUGCCUGGCCCUGUGGAGGGAUUACGACUGGACGGCCGUGUCUUUGAAAUGCUACCAGGGUGUGGUUUCUGACAGCCGUGGCUACCUCUGUGAAGUUCCUGAACCGUAAUUUUAGUUGGACUAAAUAUUCAGC